AUGGCAUACAAGCAUCUGCUCAAAGACAUCGUCGUGAGUGGUGCUAAUUUAAAGUAUUAUGAUCUUACGGCUCUCAACGAUCCUAGAUAUGAUGAACUGCCGAUUUCCAUUCGAUAUUUGCUGGAAGCAGCAGUUCGUCACUGCGACGGCUUCCACGUCUCAGAAUCUGAUGUAGAGACAAUUCUGAACUGGAGGCAAAGUCAAGAGGCUCAUUCUGAAAUUCCUUUCAAACCUGCUCGUGUAAUCCUUCAAGAUUUCACUGGUGUUCCGGCUAUUGUUGAUUUGGCGGCAAUGAGGGAUGCUGUGCAAAGUCUGGGUGCUGAUCCGUCUCGUAUCAAUCCUGUUUGUCCAGUGGACCUCGUCAUCGACCAUUCUGUCCAAGUGGACCACUAUGGAGAGUACGUGCAUAUAGCUUUUGUAUCUUGUGAAUCUGGUAAGCCCCGGCCAGACCGCGCCCAAAACUCAAAAACGCUCAAAAACGUUUAACA